CGGGAGAUGAAAAAAAAACUUCCUAUUGAUUAGAAAGUCUAUUGGUUAAUUUAUUUCGUGUCCAUUUUGACAUACGUGAGAUGUUGAGAAGACCGAUCAAAAUUAAAUUAUGUCGACAGAGGAAUCAACACCUCCUGCUAUGGAUGUAGAUACCGCGAGCGAUAACACAUCUAUAGAUGACAAAAUAGAUGAUUUUUGUGAAAAUCCAACUAGGGAUGCUCUGACAGAAGGUUUAAUGAGUUUACUGAAGCCAACCGUCGAUCAGUUGGAUGAAAGAAUUCGUGCUACUAGAAUAUGUCAGAUAGAAUUGAAGCAGCGUAUUGAAUCACUGACAGACGUAUUAACGAGAAUCAACGAGGCUCUUCAGUCCCCGUUCGAGACUGACUCUUACGUUAAGAAGCUUAUAAAUGCUAAGCAAAAAAUAACAGUUGUAAGCAACAUCUUACAAACGACUCAGGAACGAAUAAAUAAACUUCAUCAGGCUGUAGAAAGAAAUACGGCAAAGAGAAAGGCGUUAUUGGAUCAUAGUUCUAUGUAUAGUAGUACUUCCAGUAUACAAGAAAAAGAAGAAGGAGGAGAAAAUUAAA